AGGACACCGUUGUUGCAGUGUCGGUGACCGGCAUUCUUAAAGUAUGGAUAGUAACUUCGGAAGUGAGUCACAUGCAGGACACCGUUGUUGCAGUGUCGGUGACCGGCAUUCUUAAAGUAUGGAUAGUAACUUCGGAAGUGAGUCACAUGCAGGACACGGAGCCCAUUUUUGAGGAGGAGUCGAAACCCAUUUACUGCCAGAACUGCCAAAGCAUUUCUUUCUGUGCGUUUACCCAAAGAUCGCUUUUGGUGGUGUGCUCCAAAUACUGGAGGGUGUUUGAUGCUGGAGAUUAUUCCCUGUUAUGCUCAGUCCCCAGCGAGAAUGGGCAGACCUGGACGGGAGGUGAUUUUGUAUCAGCAGACAAAGUGAUCAUAUGGACGGAAGAUGGCCAGAGUUUUAUAUAUAAACUGCCCGCCAGCUGCUUGCCGGCCAGCGAUACGUUUCGCAGUGAUGUCGGGAAAGUUGUUGAAAAUCUCAACCCUCCUCAGCUCCAUUGUGUUGUGGACAAAGCGGUGGUGAAAUCAGAUAAACAGCUGUUAAUCUGCCCUCCUGUUACCCGGUUCUUCUAUGGCCGCAGGGAGUGUUUCCAUAAACUGCUCAUCCAGGGAGACUCGACGGGCAGGCUCAGCAUUUGGAGUGUACCAGAGACGCUUGAACAGCAAGACGUGACAGAAGGGUUAAAAAUAACGACCUCCAUUUCGCUGCAAGAGGCCUUCAACAAACUUGUUCCCCGCCCGGCUGGAAUCAUCGACCAGCUGAGCUUCAUGCCCCACAGUGAUGAGCCCCUCAAAGUGACAGCCAGCGUUUACAUCCCGGCACAUGGCCGCUUAGUUUGUGGUCGUGAAGACGGGAGCAUCGUCAUCGUACCGGCAACUCAGACUGCUGUAGUUCAGCUCCUGCAAGACGAACACAUGCGCAGAAGAGGUUGGCCACCCCAUAGGACUCUGCGAGGUCAUCGGAACAAAGUCACGUGUUUGCUGUACCCUCACCAGGUCUCCUCUCGCUAUGACCAAAGAUACUUGGUCUCGGGCGGAGUAGACUUUUCGGUCAUUAUCUGGGACAUCUUUUCUGGGGAAAUGAAACAUAUCUUCUGCGUGCACGGCGGAGAAAUUACACAACUUUUAGUUCCUCCCGAAAAUUGCAGUUCACGAGUCCAGCACUGUGUGUGCUCUGUGGCCAGUGACCACUCAGUGGGACUUCUGAGUUUACGAGAGAAGAAAUGCAUCAUGCUAGCUUCCCGGCAUCUAUUUCCAGUUCAAGUGAUAAAGUGGAGGCCGUCCGAUGACUAUCUAGUGGUUGGAUGUUCCGAUGGGUCUGUAUAUGUCUGGCAGAUGGAUACUGGUGCACUCGACCGCUGUGUAAUGGGGAUAACAGCUGUCGAGAUCUUGAAUGCUUGUGAUGAGGCUGUGCCUGCCGCCGUGGACUCCCUUAGCCACCCUGCCGUUAACUUGAAACAGGCCAUGACCAGGCGAAGCCUGGCUGCUUUGAAAAACAUGGCCCAUCAGAAACUGCAGACCCUGGCCACCAAUCUCUUGGCUUCCGAUUCGUCUGACAAAGGAAACUUGCCUAAAUACUCACACAAUUCUCUGAUGGUCCAAGCCCUCAAGACUAACUUAACAGACCCAGAUGUCCACGUGCUCUUCUUUGAUGUGGAAGCUCUGAUUAUUCAGCUACUAACUGAAGAAGCCUCCAGGCCUAACACAGCCCUUAUUUCCCCAGAGAAUUUGCAGAAAGCAUCUGGCAGUUCUGACAAAGGAGGUUCCUUCCUGGCUGGCAAACGAGCAGCAGUCCUGUUCCAGCAGGUCAAGGAAACAAUCAAAGAAAACAUAAAAGAACAUCUUCUCGACGAGGACGAUGAAGACGAGGAAGCCAGGCAGAGGAGAGAAGAUGGUGACCCAGAAUAUCGGUCCAGCAAAUCUAAGCCAUUAACUCUUUUAGAAUAUAACCUAACCAUGGACACCGCUAAGCUGUUUAUGUCAUGCCUUCAUGCCUGGGGCUUGAAUGCUGUUCUAGAUGAGCUUUGCGGUGAUCGCCUGGGGAUGCUAAAGCCGCACUGCUCUGUCUCAUUUGGCUUGCUUUCAAGGGGAGGCCACAUGUCUCUGAUGCUUCCGGGAUACAACCAGCCUAUAGGCAAGGUACCCUCUACUGAUGCAGAUGUAGGGAAAUCCGUGUCCCUCACGGGGGGGCAUGUCAGGGGUACAUAUGGCAUAUCACGUGCAGUAACUACUCAGCACCUUCUCUCCAUUAUCUCCUUGGCGAACACCUUGAUGAGUAUGACGAACGCAACGUUUAUUGGAGAUCAUAUGAAGAAGGGACCAGUCAGGCCUCCUAGGCCAGGGACUCCUGAGCUCGCUAAAAUGAAGAUGCCUGUUCCACCAGCCAGUCCAGCAUCUCAAGGGCUGAUUAAACAAGUUGCUCCCGCUGUUUCUGCUAGCACUGAAGCUGAUCACUCUGGCUCUGACCCUGCUCCUCCUUUACAUACCUGUUUCUUAGUAAAUGAAGGAUGGAGUCAGCUUGCCGCGAUGCACUGUGUUAUGCUUCCUGACUUGCUGGGCCUGGAUAAAUUCAGACCGCCUCUCCUUGAAAUGUUGGCUCGUAGAUGGCAAGAUCGAUGCUUGGAGGUGAGAGAAGCUGCCCAGGCCUUGCUGUUAGCAGAACUGAGAAGAAUCGAACAGGCAGGCAGGAAGGAAACCAUUGAUCUAUGGGCUCCUUACUUACCUCAGUACAUGGACAGCGUGAUAUCACCUGGAGUGACCACAGAAGCCAUUCAGACCACCACUGCUAGUCCAGAACAGUCAGGGACAGAAACCAAAGUUCAAGAAGAAGAGCACGAUCUGGUGGAUGAUGACAUCUCUGCGGGUUCUCUUUCCGGAUUUCCACAAAUGAAGAAAAUAUCUAUGUCUUACGAAGAGAGGCGCAAGCAAGCGACUGCUAUCGUUCUGCUAGGAGUAAUCGGAGCAGAAUUUGGAGCUGAAAUUGAACCUCCUAAAUUGCUGACCAGACCACGCAGUUCUAGCCAGAUUCCAGAAGGCUUUGGUUCAACUAGCGGUGGAUCCAACUACUCUUUGGCGAGGCACACUUGUAAGGCUUUGACAUACCUUCUGCUCCAGCCUCCCAGCCUCAAACUUCCUCCACACAGCACCAUCAGGAGAACCGCCAUUGAUCUCAUAGGACGAGGGUUUACAGUGUGGGAGCCUUACAUGGACGUGUCCGCUGUUUUGAUGGGCCUGCUGGAGCUCUGCGCAGAUGCUGAGAAACAGCUUGCCAACAUCACAAUGGGGCUGCCUCUCAGUCCGGCAGCUGACUCCGCCCGCUCCGCGCGACACGCUCUCUCGCUCAUUGCCACGGCCAGGCCACCCGCCUUCAUAACAACCAUCGCCAAGGAGGUUAUGGACAUCCUCAUGUACUGUCUGGAAGGUUCGUUAGUCAAGAAGAAAGGUCUUCAAGAGUGCUUUCCGGCCAUCUGCAGGUUCUACAUGGUCAGCUAUUACGAGCGGAGUCACCGCAUAGCAGUCGGAUCUCGCUUGGGUUCAGUGGCCCUCUACGACAUCCGGACUGGAAAAUGUCAGACCAUCCAUGGCCACCAGGGGCCCAUCACCGCUGUGGCAUUUGCUCCUGACGGACGGUAUCUUGCCACUUACUCGAACAAAGACAGCCACAUCUCCUUUUGGCAGAUGAACACCUCUCUUUUGGGAAGCAUUGGAAUGCUGAAUUCUGCCCCGCAGCUCCGCUGUAUCAAAACGUACCAAGUGCCCCCCGUCCAAACCGCAUCGCCAGGCACCCACAAUGUCCUCAAACUGGCCAGGCUCAUCUGGACUUCCAACCGCAACGUCAUCCUUAUGGCUCAUGAUGGCAAAGAACAUCGGUUUGUGGUGUAGAGUUCGGGGGGGGCAGGAGUUCUUUCUCUAAAUACAGUUUUCUUUUAAAAUGCCCUGGUAAAUUUCUCUCCCUCUCUGUGGUCUUAACCCUUGGAGGGUUCCGUGCCGGUGACCAUAAAAACCAUCCAGCAGGAUUGGACGAGUAAUGGUUUAUUCUGCUCGGUUCUCUGGAACAAAGCCCUGCUUGAAGCCAUCUGCUAAGCUGGAGGUGUACGUACUAACUCAG